AUGAGCAGACCACAAAUCCCAACAAAGUCCUCUGUCGCCUCCAGGACAAAAUACGAGCUGCUCGCCGUGGACGAUGCUGACGACGAGAGCGAACAGGAGGAGCAGGAGGAAGAGCAGCCCGAACCAACGCAGGAGUCCGCUACUCCCGUGAAACUGACAAAAACUGCUCAGCGCAAAGCCGCAAAGGCUGCUCGACUGGAAAAGCAGCAGCGAAAACGCGGGUCCGUCUCGCCUUCGCCCGCAGGAGGUGCAUCCCCUUCACCAGUUCCACCUGCCGUCUUACCCCCAACACCUCCACCAGAACCUGCUUCCCUCCCCAAAUCUUCUGCUACACCCAAGGAGAGCACCACGCAGGCACCUGUAUCUCCUGAGCCAGAGUCGACGAACGAGGUGUCGCCUGCGAUUGUCGUCGACAGUGCGGAGACACCGGCACAGAAUGGUCAUGCGCAUGAGCAUAUAGCGGAGCCACAGACGGCUCCGGCGCCAGUGAUCGCUCACUCGUCUGUAGAGCCUGCGCCUGCGAAGAAGGACUAUUCCGCACCUCAAGCCAAGCCUGAGGCCAAGGCUCCUGCUUCUGCGCCCGUCACACAGCCUGUGCAAUCCGAACCGAAGGCGGUUGUGGAUGCGGUCGCUGAGGAUCACGCGAAGGAACAUAAGGAGGAGAGACACGUAGAACUGAAGGAAUCCUCUCCACCAAAGGCCAACGAGAGUGAAAAGGAGAAGAAGAGGCAAAAUGCACUGACGAGGACAGUAUGGACGCUCAUUAUGAUUGGAGGUUUCCUCACAAUUUUGGCUAUGGGGCAUGGGUAUAUGGUCAUCCUUGUCAUGCUCUGCCAGACCUUGGUGUAUCGCGAGGUGACCAGGCUCUUCACGUUGACUGGAUCUAAAGCCGACGCCGACAAGGCAGGAAAGGACCCAUGGAGUCAAACACUCAAUUGGUACUUCUUCGUGGUCACAAAUUACUUCUUGUAUGGUGAGAGUAUCAUCUAUUACUUCAAGCAUGUUGUGUUUGCGGAUUCGAAUCUCCUUCCGUUCGCUACAAACCACCGGAUCAUCAGCUUCACGCUCUACACCAUCGGGUUCAUGGGAUUCGUCAUGUCGUUGAAGAAGGGCUAUCUGAAGCAGCAGUUCGGUCUUUUCUGCUGGGUGCAUAUGAGUCUGCUCCUCAUUGUCGUGUCGAGUCACUUCAUCGUCAACAACAUCCUCGAAGGACUCAUCUGGCUCUGGGUUCCUGCCUCACUCGUCAUUUGCAACGACAUCUUCGCUUACAUCUGGGGAAUCACCCUUGGGCGUACCCCUCUGAUAAAGCUAUCGCCUAAGAAGACCGUCGAAGGUUUCGUCGGCGCUUUCCUCAGCACUAUCGUCUUUGCGAUCCUCUGGGGGACGUAUUUCGCAAGAUUCAACUACAUGAUCUGUCCCGUGCAUGACCUGGGCGUGAAUAUUUGGAGUGAUAUGCAGUGCACGCCGAACCCGGUUUUCGUAUGGCGGGACUGGCAGAUCUGGAAGCCUGUGGCUGCGUCUCUGUCGACUUUCCUCCGCCGCCAGAUCACGACGAUCCCAUACACUCCGUACCAGAUCCACCUAUUCUUCAUGGCCUGCUUCGCGUCCCUCGUAGCUCCCUUCGGCGGCUUCUUCGCAUCUGGCUUCAAACGCGCCUUCAACAUCAAAGACUUCGGCCACAGUAUCCCCGGUCAUGGAGGUAUGACCGACCGUAUGGACUGCCAGUUUUUGAUGGGCGUCUUCGUCUAUGUCUACCAUAGCAGUCUGAUCAGGGAGCACCACGUCACCGUCGGCUCUGUGUUGCAGACGAUCGUGAGCGGACUAUCGACCGAGGAGCAGUUGGAGUUGCUCAGAGAUAUGAAGCGAUACUUGGAGGGGCAGGGGAUUUCUGUGGGGUUCUAAAAGCGUGUCCGGUAUGAGGACCUGGAUGGAUCGCAUCGUGUACUCAGUUGAAGGCUGCCGAGAAGGAUGCACAUUCUCAUUGAUUCUUGUUGGACAUGUUUUCCAUAGUAGUCAUCGUAUAAUGGUUGAUUGAUCGCUCCUUGGACUCGUAAUAUGCACACGCUUUCUCUUACGUUUUCCACCUAUGCAUAAUCGUGUAUACGCAUUGCCCCUAUGAGUUCUUAAU